AUGGCGAGAGGGAGCGGGAUCCGUCGUCGUAGCCGCCAGAUGCCUCGAGGUGGCAAGAUGCGCGCUACGGGGGGCGCUGUAAUGGAGCCCCAUGGCGAGAGUGUACUCAAGGCCGGUGGCCGUGGGGUUCGCGGGCGUAACAGUGGUGGGAGCCUCGGCCAAGUAGUCAAGGCUGGCAGCGCCGACUCCAAGGUCGACAAGCCAAGCAGCGCCGAUUCGGCCGGGGAGGGCUGGAUCUACGUGCGCGGGCAUCGACUCAAGAAGGAUGGCCUGCAUAUCGACUGCCACGGCAACGUGUACGUCCCCGACUUGGAAGAUGAAGAAUCCAGCAUGGAGGAUCAGGCGUGUGGCCUACAUGUCUCUGUGGGCACGAAGCUCGCCAUGGACCUGACCCCCCAGGUCCAUGACGAGGCCGCAGUCGGGGCUGCCGGUGUGGAGAUGGCCCCUGAUGUGACCGCGGAUUAG